GUGGGUUGCGAGUUCCACUUGGGGCUGUGGUGGGGGGCCGACAUGUAUACACCGCAAGUUGCAAAGCCGGAAAGCAAAAGACGAAACCUGGGAGGAACGGUCGCCCGAGUGGCUGUGCAGGGACACUCGUAUGUGGAAAGCUUCAGGACCAAGCACCUGCGAACGUUCAACUUCGUCCUGAACGCAGUGAAGUACGAGCAGUGCAGCCAGCACGCCACGGAGGACACUGAAACACAAAUCCUCGGGGCUCUCAGUUACGAGGCGAUACCUGUCGUGCGUGACGAAGAGGCGGCGCGGAGACUGUUCGAGGAGUUGGUGGCAGACCCGACGAAGGCGAACCUCACGUACGACACCGGCUCCGGAGAGUUGGUGGACCCUUCAAUACCGACGUCCGAAGCCGCUGGUGUCUCCAUGGUGUCCCGCACAUCCGUGCCUCACUUCGCGGAGUUACUUCGUGACCAGAACGUCCACACGGUGGUGCGCAUCACACCGAUGUCUACGGCGUCCGAGUGCGGUCACCUCGUCGCCCUUGGACCGGACGGCUUCUUCCUCUGCACGUGCCUGCGGCAGCUCGUCUACGGGCUACUUUGCCCGCACGCCAUCAAGGGAGACGCCGGGGACCCUGGUCGGGGGGGGCGCGGCCGGGGGGGAAAGGGGUCUACCGGAAGAGGACGGGCAGGGGAAAAGGGUGACCCUGGAAGCAGCAGCCAGGGAAGCGGUGGCGGUGGAAACGGCGUGCCGGCGAAGGCCGGCGAAGCGGUGGCAGGGGCGGAGGGACAGGCCACGGGCGCGCAGGGGGGGGCGUAA